AGCGCGACUAACCCCACUAUCAACAAAACAACGUUUCACGGCCUCUGGGUCGCCGCGAACGAUCACCAGCUCUCUACUACAUCCUAGACUGGCUGCUUAGCAAGUAUGUUCAUGCUCCGAAAUGUCAGCAAAUACCUCUUUGGUGACAGUUCAAAAGAAUCUAUCAUAGACGUCCCACAAGGCCAACUGUUCCUCGUUCGACCACUUUCUGUAAAGGGCUACUCUGAACUUAUCUUUAAAGACUCGACCACCUCCAUUCGUCGGACAGGUCAACAAUAUCAGUAUCAGCUGAACGUACAGAGGGUUUACGAGGAGGGCGAGGAAGAGCUUCUUGCCGAAGAACAAGGAGAAGACGCAGAAAUCGAAGCGCUCACUGCAGACCGAGACGAGAAGACUUUUUUGCUCGACGAAGAACUUCAGUUUCGCACAGAAAUCAGAGACACGGGCGAGAAAGUCUUUGCCUGGAGAGACCUCAGUGGUGACGAGGGCGAUCUUUGGGAGUUUGUCUGCGAUCACAGCACACCUGCCUCGACCGUCGAGACUUUUGAGUUGAUUGCACUGCAGUGUCAGUUCGAGCGCAAAUAUCGCAAGCCACACGAGCAAGCAACGAACGGAGAACUUGAAGAGUUUAGGGCCUCGGAAUCGACGAUACCAGACGCUGGCAGUGUGAUCACUACACCACUCGCAUCGCCGUCGAUAGAUCGUGACGGUUCGAAAGUCCUCGCUUGGUCUGCGCAUGAUAAUAUGGCGAGAAAGACAGCUGUGACGGCAACGCCGAAAGGGAAAGAGGCCGUAGCUCUGGCAGCCCCGGGGCCUUCAGCGGUUAUAGUUCAUCCUGAGGCGAGGGAGACACUCGCGGAGAGUGCAGCCGAGCUGUGGUUGUUCAAUUUAGAGAGCGGUGAAUUCUUGCUCCAGGAUGCGGGAGUGACAGCCUUGGUCACUGACCUCGGCAAUUGGAAAUACUGGCUUCAGAUUAAGGGCAAGAAUGACUGGCUUGGGCAAGCUAUCAUACCAGACAUCAACCCUGUGUUCAACUUUGAAUACAAGUCUUUCAUCUUCAAUCAAUAUGACGAGGAUGGCUCGGCGUACUCAUGGCUGUUGAAAUUCAAGGAGACAGAGAUCAUGGAAAUGUUCCAGGAAGGAUUGAUGCAAGCGUUGUGGGAGCACCUCCAUGAGAUGAAAUGGGGCAAGGCUACCAAGACUGACCAGGAUUAUGUUCUGGAUGCCUUUAAUGAUCUCACAAUGGAAGACGCUCCAACUAUCGAGGAAGAGGACGAAGAUGAGUACGACGAAAGCGAGGAUGAUAGUACCGCUCAGCAAUCGGAACACUACGACAGUGACGAGUCGGAAGACGAUGUGGAGGUCCGCGAUAAGGAUGGAAACGUCAAUUCACAGCUUGCCGUGGGCUAUAAGCAUGAUCGGUCAUUCGUCGUGCGUGGCUCCAAGAUUGGUGUGUUCAAACACACUCCCGACAAUCAUCUUCAGUUCACCACGAACAUCUCCAAGGUCGCGACGCCCAAAGGCAAGCUAUUCAGUCCCACAAAAGUCAUGCUGCAUCAAGAGGACCAGAAUAUGAUCUUGCAGAACGCAGACAAUCCGAAUUCACUUUACAAGAUGGAUCUAGAGUACGGGAAGGUCGUUGACGAGUGGAAGGUCCACGAUGACAUUCCGGUCAAAAUAUUUGCCCCUGAGAGUAAAUUUGCUCAAAUGAGUGGCGAACAAACAUUCCUUGGUCUGUCCAAUAAUGCUCUCUUCCGUGUGGACCCUCGUCUGGCUGGAAAUAAGCUCGUUGAGAGCGAAAAACAAGGCUACGCAAGCAACGUAGACUUCUCUGCAGCAGCUACAACCAAGCAAGGAUACGUCGCCGCAGCAUCCAACAAGGGUAGCAUUCGCCUUUUCGACCGGCUGGGCAUCCGUGCAAAGACCGAGAUCCCAGCUCUUGGGGACCCCAUCAUCGGCGUCGACGUCUCCGCCGACGGUCGCUGGAUCCUCGCGACUACGCGCACGUAUCUGUUACUUAUCGAUGCAGAGCAGAAAUCGGGCAAGAACGAAGGGAAACUCGGGUUCGAGAAGUCGUUUGCGAAAGACUCCAAACCACAGCCCAAGCGCCUCGCUCUCACACCCUCUCACGUAGCGCAAUUCCAGCAUGAGACCAAGGUCCCCAUCAGCUUCACGCCAGCGCACUUCAACGCUGGUGUGGACAGCGACGAGACUACCAUCAUCACCGCGACUGGGCCCUUCAUCAUCUCCUGGUCACUCAAGAAGGUCAUGGCCGGCCGCAAGGAUCCGUACUCGAUCAAGCGAUACUCGGAGGAGGUCAAGGCGGAUAACUUCAAGUAUGGAUCCGACAAGAACCUGAUUGUGGCACUGCCGAACGAGGUCAACAUGGUGGCGAAGAGGGCGCUGCAGAGGCCGACGAGAGAGAGUAUUGCGGGGCCCGGGCUGCGCACUCCGCGGAAGAGUGGCAGGUUGGGGAGGAAUGAGGUGGUUGAUUCGCCGUACUAGCUUUGUUUUUGGUUUUGUUGUUUUGCGACUGACUGCGACUUGACUUUGGGGACUUUGGGGUUUGUACUAUCCUUCCUGUUACUGCGACGGUCUUUAAGUCUGGGGAAGAGGGGAGAGGGGACAGAGCACGUUUGGUAGUGGUGGAUCUCUGGCUGUAUUGCUUAGUCUUUUUUUUUUGAUGUCGUGGUAAGCACGGCACGACGAAAUAUACCCUCUUUCUAUCUCUAUUGGUGGUACAGUAACACAAUCUCGGGUAUCACACAUACAGAGCCUCUCACACAGACUCACACAAAAUGCAUUCAUU